GCAUCGUUUGGGAUCUCUUCUGGCUUAAUCAUUCGUCCAAGCCACCAAAGCGACUUGGAAUGCUCGUCUAUCAUUUGUGAUCGGGACUCAAGUCGGCAAAGAGAAGGAUACGCCGUUCGAUCACUCUUCUUUUCAGAACUUUUUGGAGUUUUGUCUCCCGUCUUUUUCCCACUCGGAAGAUGUGGCACAAAACCAAGACACGCUAUUGGAGUUGGCUGCUUUUGGCAGCCUUGUUGAGCCAGGACUUGUGGUGUUUCCAAGCUGUCGCGGCGAAGAGAGAGCGGAAGAAAGCCAAAGAGCCCAACCAAUACACGGAGCCCCUCAACACCACUCUGUCCAAUAGCGAGGAAUUGAACGGACACUCCAAGAUGCUAGAGUCCUCAGACCCUCGCAUCACAGACCCGCGCCGGACGUGGAUCUCAUUUGUGCAACGUCCCGGGGACGGCAGCAGCUCCAAAAAGAAAUGCAAAGGGAAAGAUAAGAAAUUACGUGGGUUGGUCGGACCUCCUGGGCCCCCUGGUCCUCCAGGUCCCCCAGGAGCCCCUGGGGCGGAAGUCACCCAGGAAGUGUUAUUGCAAGAGUUCAAGGAGAUGCUGAAAGAAGCCACUGAACGGCGCUCCUCUCCAGAGCUUCCCGUUGCUCCCAGUGAGGACCCCCCAUUGCCGUUCUCCUUGGAGGAACUCUCUCCUUACAAGCGGGUGGAAGAGGCCUUCCACUGCAAACUGAAGGGGCAGCUGGUGGUAGACAAGAAGACCUUGAUGGAGCUCCAGAACUUCCAGAUGCCUUUGGCCAAAGGAGCUUUCCUCCGAGGAUCGGGGCUGAACUUAACCACAGGAAGAUUCACAGCAUCCAUAUCAGGCAUUUAUCAGUUCUCGGCUAACGUCCACAUUGAUCACAGCGAGCUAAAAAGCAAGCUUCAGCUCCGUGCGAGAGACAACAUCCGGGUGCUGAUCUGCAUUGAAUCCCUUUGCCAUCGAUACACGUCUUUGGAGAUCAUUGCUGGCCUGGAAAGCAAUAGCAAGAUCUUCACUGUGAAUGUCCAUGGAUUGCUGCAGCUACAGGCCGGACAAUACACUUCGAUAUUUGUCGACAACAGUGCCGGGGCGCCGGUGACCAUUCAGAGUGGCUCCGAUUUCAUGGGAAUGCUGGUGGGAGUCUGAUCCCAAACAGCUCCACAACCCAUUGGGACCAAGCAGGGAAAGGAACCAAUCCAAUCCCAAAACUUGCUUGGACUUUAUCUAGAUGUCUUCUGCAACUGAAUGAAGCGAAUCUCCUUCCUCUCCUUCCAAAACAUGAUGGAACGAAUCCUGGGAGAGAACUUCUUUGUCCUCCAUCCAAGUUUUGGAUCACGUUCUUCUCUCCCUUGGUGGACUUGAAAUCACUUUCCAUUCCAACAACCUCAGACUUAGUUUGGAUGGUGUUAAACCCAACUUCUAUGACAAUUUCUUACCUAAUCCAGUCUAUAACCUUGGGUGUUUUCGGCCUUGGAAGAGCCUUGUAGAGCCCCACAUUUGAGAUACAGAUUGUCCCAGGUUCAGUCUCCACUGUGGACCUACAAUUGAGACCCCAACACAUAUUCUGGAUUUUAGGACCUCUUCAAAAGUCUCUCCAAAGCUAGCCACAGACAGAGAGCAUUCCUAUAAUCUGAUCUAGAUGUACAAAGUUGGGCCUUCAACCAUCAGACGCAAACAACAUGGUCCUAGCAAAACUUACCUCCUUCUGUUCUUGGCCAGUUGUAGAGCCCCACCUUUGAGAUACAGAUUGUCCCAGGUUCAGUCUCCACUGUGGACCUACAAUUGAGACCCCAACACAUAUUCUGGAUUUUAGGACCUCUUGAAAAGUCUCUUCAAAGCUAGCCACAGACAGAGAGCAUUCCUAUAAUCCAGUCUAGAUGUACAAAGUUGGGCCUUAAACCAUCAUACGCAAACAACGUGGACCUAGCAAAACUUAUCUUCUUCUGUUCUUGGUGGAUACUUCUUAGACGUGGGACCAAAUAUAAGUUUGGAGAGUCAUUUUGGGUACUGAUGGGCCACCAGAUCAUUGUCACACUUAGUAGAUUUGGGAACGAUCUAUUCUCACGUAACCUGCUGGGAACUUCUCAGAAAAUAAUAUUUUUUAGAACUCUUGUGUGAGAAGUAAGUCUUGACUCUAAAUAGUGGCAUGGUAGUCAAUUUGGAAGGACGUUGAGCAUCAAUCCCUCAAGAAGACUCUAGAAAUGCGGGGCGCUUUGUUGAUCUGGAACUUUGACCUUCUGAGCAUUGUGUCUAUAAGAUCACAAAAGGAAAACACAAUCGGAAAAACAUCCUUCUUUAGCUUUGUUGAACAGGGUGACUAUUAUUGCCAUUUUUGCUGUAUUCUGAUUUGUAUAGACCAGUGUUUCUCAACCUGGGGAAAAGGGACCCCUGUGUGGGAAGUAUGGCCCAAUUCUAUCGUUGGUGGGGUUCAUAAUGUUCUUUGAUUGUAGGUGAACUAUAAAUCCCAGCAAUGACAA